AUGCCGUCGUCCGUCCGCACGGUCUCCAUCCCCUUCGCCGACCUCAAGGAGCGGGACAGGGACCUGAGCGGCAAGAUCGAGGAGGGGCUUGGCCCCAACGGCCUCGGCAUCAUCUCCAUUUCCGACGUGAGUGCCCUAUCCAGAUUGCGCCGUCGCCGGCCGUCUCUUGCGAUUGCAUACAACGGGCCUCUGACAGAGCCAAGUCAUGGCCUCAUCAGCUUGUACGUGCCCCAGAGGCAGUGUUGUUCAUGUGGUGAUCUUGUACGGUAUAAACAAAAAAAAUUGGCUAUUGGAAAUUAUAGAAAGGGAGGCGGCGGCGAGGAGGCUGAAGGGCUGCCCGGAACUGACGGUGGAGGGCGACAUGCGGGAGAUGGCCAAGACGGCCGCCUGGAGCGUCAGCUCCUGCAAGCCCGGCAACGGCGUCGCCUCCCUCCGCGACGACGGCCUCGACACCUACUGGUAGUAAGCUCCCUCGACAGCCUCGACAGCCUCGACACCUACAGGAACGGCGGCGUCGGCGGCGCCGAGGGGGACUCCACCGUGUUCCCCGCGUGGCCACCCUCCGCGGGCGGGAUCAGGCGGCAGCACAGCGUGGAGGACUGGAUGAUGGCGUCCCUGCAGCAGCAACAGCAGCAGGGAGGAGCGGCGGCGGCGGAGGCCGUCCGGGUGCGGGAUCCCGCCGCCGCCGAGGCCUUCUUCGUGCCCUUCUUCUCCUCGCUCAGCUUCAACGUGCACGGCCGCAACAUGACGGAUCCCGACACCGAGGCCGACCGCCUCCUUCAGGUGGAACUUAUGGACAUUUUAGGGAAGUCUGAAUAUUGGCAACUAUCUGCGGGACGUGACCAUGUGAUUCCGAUGCAUCACCCAAAUGCUUUUAGAUUUCUGCGAGAUAUGGUGAAUGCAUCUGUUCUUAUAGUUUCAGACUUUGGGAGAUACACAAAGGAACUGGCUUCCUUGAGGAAAGAUGUUGUAGCACCAUAUGUGCAUGUUGUAGAUUCCUUCCUUGAUGACAAUGCAUCUGAUCCAUUUGAGGCUCGCCCUACACUGCUUUUCUUCCGGGGGCGUACAGUCAGGAAAGCUGAAGGGAAAAUCCAUGGAAAACUCGCAAAGAUAUUAAAGGACAAAGAUGGUGUGCGCUUUGACGAUAGUCUUGCCACAGGCGACGGCAUUAAAAUCUCUACAGAUGGUAUGCGAUCAUCAAAGUUUUGUCUCCAUCCCGCCGGGGACACUCCUUCGUCAUGCCCGCUGUUUGAUGCCAUUGUCAGUCAUUGUAUUCCUGUGAUUAUCAGCAGCCGGAUCGAGCUCCCUUUUGAGGAUGAGAUUGAUUACAGCGAGUUCUCACUUUUCUUCUCGGUUGAAGAGGCUCUAGAACCUGAUUACUUGCUCAACCAGCUCAGACAGAUGCCCAAAGAGAAGUGGGUUGAGAUGUGGUCAAAGCUGAAAAACGUCUCUAGCCACUACGAGUUCCAGUAUCCCCCCAGGAAGGAUGAUGCCGUGAACAUGAUAUGGCGGCAGGUGAGGCACAAAAUCCUGGCAGUUAAUCUUGCGAUUCACAGGAGUAGGAGACUAGAAGUUCCAGACUGGUGGUGAGGAUUUGGUUAAUCGUGUACAUAUCAUCCUUCAUAUGGUUCAUGACACGAAGCCAUGGUCGUGCACCAUGACACUGGAUCCAGGAAGAUGUACUGACAGGCACUAACAUUUUUGCCCCUUUUCAUUGAUCUUACAACGUCGUAGCCAUUACCCCCCUUGAGGUCAUGAUAUAGUGAGAACAUGUAGUUAUGUUAUCGAGCAGGCUUGCCUGGCAGAAGCAUGUGCAUUAGAAACACACUUACAAACAUGUGGACCAACAAACUGGAUGUUGACAAUGUAUUUCAAGUAGAUAUAAUAUCUCUUACUGAUUGCUACU